UAGAAAAAGGAAUCUUACGAUGAUAAAUACACUACCUGGUAACAUGCUGCGUCUUGGCACUUGAGUUGCCAACUCGUCAAUUCCAAAAGCGAUGGCCAGUAUUGGGAGACUUUUGUCCGGGUUGAAAGUUGUCAUGUGAUUCAGAGCAAUGGUGAUAAAUUAUCCAAUUAUAGUGCACUCAGAAAAACAGUCGUGAUCCAAGGACUGAAAAAUGUGAGUCCCUAUCGACAAAACCUUACAAAUCAACAUGAACUUCAAACCAAACAGUGAAACAUAGAAAGCCCAUCGUUCUGCCUGUAGAUAUAUACAUCAAUUAUUUAAAACAAUAAAUUCAUCAGACCCGCCUUUUAGCAACUUCAAGAUGCCGCUCUCCAAGACACAACGCAUAACAGCCAUUAUCGUGCUGAACCUAAUUUACGCAAUCAUUCUCAUCUACGUGAACUUUGACGUCAAAAUCACUCAUGACAAUACGUGGGUAAUAAUUAGAAGUCUCCAGAGAUCGAAAAUACGCCUUCAGGAUGAUGUAGAAGAUACUCCUGACCGGCCUAACGGAACCCCAGAAGACGCACGGGAGGCAGGUGACCAAGACACUGAGAAGGAGGACUUAGGCUUUGAAUACCCGGCUGCAAGGAGGGGUGAGUGCAAGAAUGGUGAAGCGAAGAGAGGUCCCUCGCACCAGCAUCCCUCCCAACCCCCGGGGGAUGCACCGUCUCGAGACACGCAGACUCCCCCGGGCGAAUUCUUGCAUCCUUCGACCGACGCUGGGACUGAGUCAAAGGAAGGCGGAGGCGUUUUGGAGGAUGAGGGGAAGGGAAGGAUGGAGUAUAUGGUCCUCGAGGUUACAGUUAAUGCGACAGGUGUUACGCUGUCUGUGGAUGGCGAACAGGUGUAUAGCAUGCUAAACAAGACUCGCCCUUGGGGAAAUGGCACAGCAAGGCUUCAUGCAGGCAUCCACUUGCUAACGUUGCACCAGUUCACCGGAAAGGUCAUGCGAUCUGACCUUUACAUGACCUGGCAGCCAACCAGUGAGACACAGUUUCUGGCAGAGAUGAACCGGAUCCAAGAUGGUCGGCUGCUGGUCAUCAUGGGAGCGCCCCAGUUCCUCACACACGUGGCAGAGGAGACGCUGAACUCCAUCGCGCGCCAGGGCUCGGGUUUCGUCGAGGGCCUUUCCUCGAUGGACUCCUGGUGCUUCGUCUUCCACAAGGGCGGGGAGGUGUUUUCCGACGCCCUUAGCACCUCUGAAACCACUCAGGAGGGAUUCCCCGACGUGUCUCCGCUAUCAGUCGCAAUAACUGUGCCCCGAAAACCCUCUCGAAGAUGCAAGUGGUACGACGAAAACGCGAUGCACGAACGCGCCACGUUCUGUGAAACCUACGAGGGUUACGGUGACUUCUGCCGCUGUGAAGGAACGCCUUGGACCCCAGAUUCCAGAAAGGGCCCAGAUUACCCCAUGACCGAGGUGAUUCCUCUCGCCAUAGUUACAUCCCGGAGGCUUCCCCACGUACUGAAGCAGGUGAGCCAGGUGUGGGCGUCCCCAGGGGGUAGGCACACGCCCAUCACCCUCUUCGUGGAUGGUCGCAGCCCUGAGGCAAGAGACCUGAGUCGCCUCCUGAACGUAUCGGUGGUGGAGCACGACAACCCGGUGCCACUAUCAUCGAUGAGCAGAGUCAACGCCCACAUCAAGUUCACUCUCGAGCGGGUGUUUGAGGAGUACUCGAAGGCUGAUAAGGCGAUCAUACUCGAGGACGACCUUGACCUCGCUCCUGAUUUCAUACCGUUCUUCCAACAGACGGCACCCUUAUUGGAAUCGGACCCCAAGUUGAUAUGCGUCAAUGCCUAUAACUACAAUGCCUUCAGCCACACGGUACAUGAUCCAGCCAGGUUAUACAGGGUGCAUGGCGUCCCUGCGUAUGGUUGGAUGGUCAGGCGAACCAUUGCUCGGGAGAUGGUUACCAUGUGGCCCGCUGUCAAUCAGUCCGUGGAUUGGGACCUGUGGCUGCGGUUCGCCAUGAUGGGGUCGAGGAGCAUCCUCAUCCCGGAGAUCCCGCGCACCAAGCACGUGGGCGGCGGGGGCGUCCAUGUCACGGGGCUGGAGCAGGCCCUUUACUACAACAAGCGGCCGCUCAAUUCAGUCGCCAACGUUACUCUGGACGUUAACGCAGCCGAGGAAGCACGAUACCUGAAGACCCACACUGCCGCCAUCCAGUCUGCGGAAGUCGUUCGCUUCCAAAACCACCCGUGCAAAGUCGUUCCUAUUCCGAAGCAUCAGGUAAACCGAACAUUCGUUGUGUACUUGGACCAGCCCGACGAAGGAGAAAACUCGAGUGCUUACUACGUUGCUGCUAGGUGCCUGGGGUUCAACGACCGCGACCUUCACGAGAACUUGAUGCUAAUGUACACCCACCUUUCUUCGGGAACCAACUCUACCUCGUCGGCUGCCCCAACUCCCCGUUUUGCUUCACACGCGACCCGGAGGACCUGUACCGCCCGUCGCGCGAUGACGUCAUCUACGCCAACAAGUAUCCCUUCAUAAAGGGAGUCAUCGUCAGGCAGUAUGCCCUGA